AUAAAUAAAUAAAAGUGUCAAUGUGAGGAGUAAGAAGUAAUUUUAUCAUUAGGAGAUAGAAAAUCUAGAGCAGCUAUAAGAAGCUAGAAAGCUAUAAGAAGUCUUCUCAAGACCUGUCUAGUAUGUAAAAUGUUUGUUGAAGAAAGUGCUAUUCCUUCUAAAACAAUUUGUCUUCUCAGUUGCUACUAAUAAGGGAAAACAAAUGACGUUACAACAAAACACCACUGGAGUGGAAAGGUUUUAGUAUCACAUUGAGUCAGAGAGCAACAUCCCUGAGGCAGGACUGAGAUGAAAUCAUAGUCUGCUAUAUCAUGGCUUAAUGUUUCCUGAAAAUCACAAACCUUUACUGUAUAUGUAUUUUGCUUCCUACAGCUUAUAUAAGAAGAUGUGUUAAAGAGCUUAUUCUCUUGGCAGAGAUACAAGGCAAGUGGCUGAAAGAAAUACACAGUGCAGUGCAAAAUAUUGGGGAAAAAAAACUUUUCAGACUGGCUUGUAUUUCAACACUGAGAUUAAAACUUGGCAGGGGAUUGUGGAAAUCAUUCUGGUUUUCUACUGUGACCUUGUGGGGGAGGGUGUGUUUAGUAAAAUACAGCUGGGUCAGUGUCAGAUGAUUUGCAGCUAGCAGAUAGUGCAAGAACUACAAAGGACCAAAAUGGCACAAAGUCAUCUUUUUAAGAAGAAAAAUCUGGGUAGUCCCCUACACAUAGCUAUUUGUAGCUCUAACUGUGAUGUGGAGGCACCAACAGCAAGAAGAGGUUUAUCUUAGAAAAAUGCAAAGCACUGCACAAAAGUGGCCCAGAUUUGCAAUAAGAGGGCUGAGAAUACAAAAAAGUACCAACAAAGAAAUGAGUCAUCCUGCUCAUUCAUAGUUUUCCCCCAUAGCAAAGAUGUUUGCAUUUAAGCUGAAAUCAUGCUAAAACAUUUUUACUUUGCAGCUGGUGAUAGGCCAAAGGGAAGUGACAGUGUUGAUUACAGAAUCUUAGUGAUGAGGAAUAACUCCAUGAUCACUGUUAACUCGGUCUCUUUGGACUCUCUAUGUUGGCAUGCAGUUUAUGAAGAAAUAAAUAUCGGGGAAGGAAAUACAGUGAGAGAUAUGUGCAAGGGGAUAUACAUUAGAUGGGGUUAUUAUGGACAAUUUUACUAUUCACUAUGAGUUCCCAAGGGUGAGCUUCCUAGUAUAAGUACAGAAUGCUUAUAUAGUAACAUUUUCUCAUGAAUGUUAGAAGGAAAAAGCUAUACUGUCAUAAAAUACCCUUAUUGUGACACAAACCAUAUCCACCAAUCAUCAUGGCUGCUGAAAAAUUGGAUGCCACUAGAUGGAAAAAAAUAAGCUAAUACAAAAGAGUGCUUGGAACAACCCUUUAAUCUUUAAGCCACAUCUUUAAUUUUGCUAAUUAGAAGAGAUUGUUUCAUUUUUUAGUAAACUAGAUCAGCUUCUACCAUCUUCAGUUUCCAAGGUUCAGUUUCAAUUUCAAUCUUCAGUUGCCAAUGACACACAUCUAUUUUACCAAUCUGCUCGUUACAUAUUUGUUAGCUAUUUUUGUUAACAUAUUUUUGUUGCUCUGAGCAUACCCAACGUCUUACAAGGUCCUUUUCCAGUCAUUUGGCAAAGAUCCAAAGCAAGAAUUAAGAUUUCUACAUUUACAAGCUGUGCCUUGGGAUUUGACCUGUUCAGUAUGAAAAGAACCAGUGGGGCAGAGACAAAGCACAUUUCACUGUUCUUUAGGGGCUACGGUUAUGAGUGUUAAACAGAGUAAGAAUUUUUUUUUUCUCUCUUGAAGUGGCCUAUUUAUGAAGAAUGGCAUUGAGUGACCUCCUUUACCCAGAUAAUCCCAAGAGAAAGCAAGAACUGAUCCAUCUGCAUCAGGAAUUGCUUGACUGUAUGUCCACGAAUUUCCAUGCAACAAACGAGCUGGUUGGAGUGCUGAAUGAACACCUGGGCUGUGCUAUUACCCCCAUCGAGAUGCGAGAGAGCGGUACAGUCAAGGAAAACUGUGAGAUUAUCAUUCAAGUGAUAAGUGAGGUUCAGCAUCAGGUGCAGAAGAUUGAUAGUGACAUGAAGGAAAAGCUUGAGCCAGUGCUGUACCAGAAGCUAUAUGACAUCAAAGAGCCCGAGCUGGAGAAAAUUGCAAUAGCCCAGAGAGUUUUUUCCAUUAUUUUUGGAGAAGCGACUUCAACAGCUGCAAUGGUAGCAAUCAAACUUCUUGGUUCCAAUCAUUUAACUCUCACUGUGAGCAAGCUCAUCGGUCUCCUUGCUCAGAUUGGGGCAUCUGUUCUUGGGGGAGUUAGUAUUACCAUCAUUGGGCUUGGUCUUGAAAUGAUUCUCCAUGCCAUCCUGGGAGCUGUGGAGAGGAGUCAGCUUCUGACAGCUGUGAGAAGCUACGAGAAGCACCUGGCAGAGUUUAAAGCAGCCUCAGAAAAGUAUCAGCGUGCCAUACAUGAAGUAACUUCUUUGGUGAGACAGCAAGUUCAGUAAAUGAAGCUGGAGUUCUCUCUUCUGCUGUGACAGCAGCUGCAGCAGCUAUGCCUGCAGAAACCUUUUUGAUUCAUUAUGACAAAUGAACUACUGAUGGCUUUUUAUUUUCUUAUUUCUGGCAGCAGAACAAGAACAAUAAAAAUUCAGGAAACUGGCACUGAAAUAUAUUAAUAGAGAAUUGUUUCACAGGUGUUUUUGGGGGGAAAUAUUUCAAGUACUUGGCACCUUUCCUUAACCUUUUUUCCUUAAACUUAUUUUCUGGGAAGCAUUGUAGGUAACUUUGAACUGUAAUUCAUACUAGAGACAAUAAUACGGACUGCUGGACUGGUAGUGGUAAGGAGAUGUGUUUCUAUAUCAAAUAUGACAACACAAUGAGAGAAAACAAUUUCAACAAGGCAAUUCAUGCCAGCAUCUGGAGGCUUUAUGAAGACAUCCGUGUUUGCUAAACUCUUAGUGUGGAUUAGUGCUAAAUCUGAUAGACUGAAUUCCCUGUUCAUUACAAGGACUAGCUGAAGCAUAUUUAACUGCUAUUUCCUGCCCUCCUAAGGAGCCAGCCAGAGAUCUUCUUUAAAUAAACUCUAAUCCCAGUAGAUUGGCAAGUAAGAGAAGCCUGGGCCUACAUGCAAACACACACAAACUUGCUCCACAACUGAGAGAAACAAGCUGCUGUGUUCCAGGUGUGCCUGGCCAUGAAUAGCUUCUUAUGCUUGUAAUGCUCUGCUCUUGCCAACCCACAUGUAAAAAUUUCUGUGCAAAGUUGCUGUUUUGUUGAUCAAAGUGGGAUUAUACAAAAGCGCCUGUAGGAUUGCAGCCCUGUUGUACUAAAGUGAUUUUCAAGUGCUUUACUUAAUCCCACCAAUGUGGGACUGCCAAGAAUGCUCAGAUUCUGCAUUUCACAACAUGAUACCAAUUGUCCUUAUUUUUCAGGAUUAUUAUUUUUGAUUUUAAAAUCAAAGCUGGAGGCAAGAUCAUUAUUGUAGUUUCUUGCUCUGAUUUGCUGUGGAUUGUUUUUUCUUGAUCUUAGAAAAAAAGAUAAUUUCAGAAUUAAUAAAAAUGGACAUGAGUAUUGCAA